GUUACCGCUAGAGGCGCUACAGCCCUCGUGUUGUCAGUUUAAAUGGUUAACUAACAAAGCUGAGCCUUCAUGCGCAUGAGGUUAUGGCACAGGGUAAAAUCUAGAAGCACCGAAGGCAAUGACGCCGACGGUGAAAACGAAGUCUUCUCAAGAAAUGGAUCUAAUGAAUAUAGAAAGGCAAUCUGAACAUCUUAAAGAACCGAACGGCUUCAAAGAUGAAGACCCAGGCUGCCAAAAUGACUCAGAGACAGAGGACGAACCUUUGCUCCGAGAAAACCCCAGACGGUUUGUCAUCUUCCCCAUUCAGUACGCAGACAUCUGGAAGAUGUACAAGCAGGCACAGGCCUCCUUCUGGACUGUGGAGGAAGUUGAUCUAUCCAAAGAUUUGGCGCACUGGGACCAUUUGAAACCAGAGGAAAAACACUUCAUCUCCCAUGUCUUAGCCUUCUUUGCUGCAAGCGAUGGUAUCGUCAACGAGAACCUGGUGCAGAGGUUCUGCCAGGAGGUGCAGGUCCCUGAAGCACGCUCCUUCUACAGUUUCCAGAUCCUUAUAGAAACUGUUCAUUCAGAAAUGUACAGCAUGCUCAUCAACACUUACAUCAGGGACCUGAAGGAAAGGGAAUAUUUAUUCAACGCCAUUCAGACCAUGCCUUGUGUGAAACGAAAAGCAGACUGGGCUCUUGAGUGGAUAAAUGACAGCAAAUCCACAUUUGGGGAGCGACUUGUGGCAUUUGCAGCAGUGGAGGGCAUCUUCUUUUCCGGCUCAUUUGCUUCCAUCUAUUGGGUCAAAAAGAGGGGACUAAUGCCUGGCCUUACCUACUCCAACGAGCUGAUUAGCAGGGAUGAGGGCCUGCACUGUAACUUCGCUUGCCUGCUGUACAGCUACCUGGUGAAGAAACCAUCAGAGGAUCGAGUGAAGGACAUCAUUACCAAAGCUGUUAGCAUUGAGCAGGAGUUUUUGACAGAGGCCCUGCCAGUGGAUCUCAUUGGAAUGAACUGCUGUCUGAUGAAACAGUACAUUGAGUUUGUUGCUGACCGGCUUCUCGCUGACCUCGGACUGGCCAAGGUAUACAAGGCUGAGAAUCCAUUUGACUUCAUGGAGUCCAUUUCGCUAGAGGGGAAAACCAACUUUUUUGAGAAACGAGUAGCGGAGUACCAAAGAUUUGGAGUUAUGUCAAGCAUGAUGGACUGUGAAUUCACUCUGGAUGCAGACUUCUGAAACUGAUGCACUCUUAUGUAUUUGUUAUGUUUGACCUAUUUAUUUAUUUUGUUUAAAAGCAGUUAUUGGCAAAAAAAAAAAAAAAGUUUUAAGUCUUCAGUAAUACAGCACAGUAAUACAAAGGACAAAUGAAUGG